AUGCUUAGGCUACAGAAGAGGCUUGCCUCUAGUGUCCUCUGCUGUGGUAAAGAGGUCUGGUUGGACCCCAAUGAGAUCAAUGAAAUUGCCAAUGCUAACUACCGUCAGCAAAUUAGGAAGCUGAUCAAAGAUGGGCUGAUCAUCCAGAAGCCUGUGACUGUCUAUUCCUGGGCUUGCUGCAGGAAAAACAACCUUGGCCCAACAGAAGGGCAGGCACAUGGGCAUAGGAAAGAGAAGGUGACCUGGAUGAGAAGGAUGAGGAUCCUGCACCAGCUUCUCAGGAGAUACUGGGAAUCUAAGAAGAUUGACCGCCAUAUGUAUCUCAGCCUGUACUUGAAGGUCAAAGGGAAUGUACUCAAAACCAAACAGAUUCUCAUGGAACAUAUCCACAAACCGAAGGCAGACAAGGCCCGCAAGAAGCUACUGGCUGACCAGGCUGAGGCUCGCAAGUCUAAGACCAAGGAAGCACGGAAGCACAGGGAGGAGCACCUCCAGGCCAAGAAGGAAGAGCUCAUCAAAACUCUGUCCAAGGAGGAAGAGACCAAGAAAUAA